AUGACUUCUUCAACCACUUCUGAUGCCGCUGUUGCGGCGGCGAAGUUCGCCGGCCACCGCGGGACUAGCAUGUCUAAUACUGUCCAUUCUGAAGUGGCCUCUUGCUUGAUGUUACCUUCACUUACAGUUCUCGGUGGAGCUUCCGAUCAAGACCUACGACUAUUUGAUUCACUGAUGCAGUUGAACCGCGACGAUAUCCUCUCGGAGUCCAGUAGGAUCGCUGAGACGCUCCGGCACACUGAUGUGUCGUACUUGAAUUUAAGAGAUGGUGCCAAGGUCCUGUCAAGAAGAAGAUCUCUGGUAGCGCAUUACCUGAAAAGAAGCCCUUGA